GUGGUGACCCAYGCGUAUGAUUCCGUCCAGCCUUUUACAUUUGCGCUCAUACUUCCGACUGCGCUCAGCAUACAUGGAAAACGAUUUCGCUUUGUGAAUGUCCGCCGGGAACAGCUCAUAAAUUGCACUCACAAAAAAAACAGUUCACUUCAUCACUGUGUUUUGAUACAAGUCGAAAAUGUGAUUUUUCUCAAGGGGGAUAUAGAGUCGUAAAAUGGUUUUGGGACCCAGCGUCUCCACAAGGAAAUGGGAGUUUCUGCAUUUAUGGGUACAUGAAUCUAUGUUCCGGGGGCCCGAUGCCUGUGAUGGAGGAAGUAGAUAUCAGCGGCAGUGAGAGCAACAGCAUGCCGAAGAGGAUUGCUCUCAUCUGCUUCCUUUCCCUGGUGAUGCUCAUGAGUGUCCUGGGGAACCUCCUGGUCAUGACAGCUGUCUGCAAGGACCGCCAGCUCAGGAAAAUCAAGACCAACUACUUCAUAGUAUCGCUGGCCUUUGCAGACCUGAUGGUGUCGGUGCUGGUGAUGCCGUUUGGUGCCAUAGAACUGAUUCACCAGAACUGGAUUUAUGGAGAAACCUUCUGCCUGGUCCGGACAUCUCUAGAUGUACUGUUGACAACAGCCUCCAUAUUACACCUAUGUUGCAUUGCUUUGGACAGGUACUAUGCCAUCUGCUGCCAGCCACUGGUCUACAGGAAUAAGAUGACACCACUGAGAGUGGCUCUUAUGUUAGGAGGAUGCUGGGUAAUCCCCACCUUUAUAUCCUUCCUACCCAUAAUGCUAGGAUGGAACAGUAUCGGAAUAGACCAUUUGAUAGAGGAACGGAAGUUCAGCGGUGAUGCAGCCAACUCGACGGCGUGUGUCUUCAUGGUCAACAAGCCCUACGCUCUGACGUGUUCCGUGGUGGCCUUCUACAUCCCUCUGGUUCUGAUGGUACUGGCCUACCAGCGUAUCUAUGUGACUGCACGGGCGCACGCACGACAAAUCGGCGUGCUGCAGCGGGCAGGGGGCGCUGCCGCCUCGGCAGACAGCGCCGACCACCAGCGCAACCACCGCAUGCGUACGGAGACCAAGGCGGCCAAGACUCUGUGCAUCAUCAUGGGCUGUUUCUGCCUGUGCUGGGCCCCCUUCUUCAUCACAAACGUGGUGGACCCCUUCAUAAGCUAUACAGUGCCCGACCAGCUGUGGGCAGCGUUCCUGUGGCUGGGUUACAUUAACUCCAUGCUCAAUCCCAUUCUCUAUGCCUUCUUGAACAAGUCCUUCCGCCGUGCCUUCCUCAUCAUCCUCUGCUGUGGGAGAAAGCGUUACAGCGUCAGGCGGCCAUCCAUACUAGGGCCAGGGCCCCCCUGCUCGGCCACACAGAUCAACGGCUCCACACAUGUGCUCAAGUAUGCUGCCCUGCACAAUGGAAACCAUAUUGAAAAGGAAAAGCAGUCGUUGCAAAAAGAGGACACAGAGUCGCCGGAGUCCUGCUUCUGACAACCACAGACAGUCAGACAGACACUACCCUGUGCAAUCUGAGACAGGGACUGGGUCGGAACCAGAUCCAGCCCUAGAGGGAGUCAUUCUAAGGCGGCCUCUCCCACUGAGAGACAGCCAAACCAACAACAUGUUUGGACUGAAUUCUUAGUAGCGGGAUCGAUUAUGGACUGUGGAAUACUUUAAGGUGAAUAAUGUUGCCAAAGCUAUUUGAUAUUAACUUUGUUUUAAGAUAUGUCGUUUCAUAUUUCCUUUGCUUAGAAAAGGAAGAAAAACACUCUAUCUUUCUGAUCCACUAUAGUUAGCUCUGUUAGUUAACGGAUGUUCCAGUAAUGCUUAGUGUUAUCUGUCACCAAUAUAAACAUUUCAAUAAGCUUUAUUGAUCUAAGGAGGUGCAAUUUCAAACAGGCAGAGGGCUCAUAACCCCUUCAUUUAGAAUGAAGCAUUAACUUGAAAAUGUUCUCAUUUUAUUCAACUUCAGGUCUCUUAUCUCUCCCUGUCAUUGGUGCACUAUACUCAAUCAGCCUAGAUCCCAUAACGUUCCUUUGAUGCUCUGCAUAAUCGUCAAAAGCCGAAAGUGAUAAAGUAUUUUAACACACCCACGGUAUUGUAUGGUAUGUGAUGAAAUAAUUCAGCCCCUGGAGUGCACUAUUAGCUACUACACUUUACAAAUGAUCCCUUCUCUCUCAUGGCUCCCCUCUCAGAUGUCGACAAAGAUGGACCGUGCAAUAAGACGGACAUGUUUUGAAAGAUGGUGGUUGCUGAAGCAAUUGAAUCUUGGUCACAGUAUUUUCCCUCCUACUGAUGUGUGUUGUCUACUACAGAGUACGUGCAUACUACGUCCAGUAUGUGGGUGUAUGCUUGAGAUCAUGUCCUAUACUUCAUGAAGUGCCCCUCUCAACACCACACGUGUUUAGUCUAGUCCACAGCAACAUCCCAUUUCUUAUGCAUUACUAACAGGAGUCCGAAAACAUUUGCUAGAGUGUACUCCAAUUUUCCGGCAUUUUGUAUUCAUGAACAAUCCGAGGUAUCCCUUGAAAUGUAUAUUUACCUUGCACCUGAAAUGUAAACAUUGACUUUCUUUUCCUGUGCUAUUCCAAAGCAAACCAUUCCAUUUGCUGAAACCUUCAGUAGGCUACCAAUGAUGACUAGCUCGUUUAAAAGGCAAUCGCCACCAAAGCCAGCAUUUCAUUUUCUAUGAGUCACCAAAUAGAGGCUCAAUGGUUUAGUUAAUAACAUUCUGUCCAAAGCACUGGGAAUAUUUCCUUUCAGAAAACAAUGCAAAGAGAUCAUACAUAGUCAUAUACAGCAGGAUGUAAAGAAUACCAACUGCAUUUUCCCCAUACGUUCAUCCGUUAAACACACAUUCAAGCGACGUAUCCCAGCAACUUAAACAAAAUGACCCUGUUGGUUGAACUUCCUGAUGAAAUGUCCAGUCUUAAAGGGGCAGUGCAGUCAAAAACAUUAUUUACAAUUUUUUUGUAUGAUAUUUCCAGACUAUCAGGUCGAAAUAACACCCUGAAAUUGUGAAAAUUAUGAAAAUGCCCUUUUAGUGUAAGCUUUUUGAAGAAAAACCAGCAGACACUAUGCCCUCCAUGGAAUGAGUUUGACACCCCUACCCUAGAGUCUAGACCAGAGUCUCCCAACCCUCUCCUCAGAUGUUUCACAUUUGAGUUUUAACCCUAAACUACCACAUCUGAUUCAAUUAGGCAAAGGCGUGAGGAUUAAUUGACUAAUUGAAUCAGGUGUGCCAGUUUAGAGUUAAAACAAAAAUGUGAGAGGGUUGGGAAACCCUGGUCUAGAUGAUCUAAUCAGAUGUAUCAGUACAUCCACACGAUCAGUCUGAGCAUUUCAAUGGCAAAAGAAGGCUCAGGGAAAUAAAUGAUAGACAAAUAUAAUUUUAUUUAUUAUCAUGAAAUAAACACCCAGUGAUUUAUUAGACACUGAGUGAUGAUUUUUUUAAAUUAAUUAAAAAGACUGCAUGAGGCUUUAAUAGAUAGCCCAGCAGAUGAUCCUCAUGAGCAGAGGAUCCUCAUGUUUUUUAUAAUGUACAUGUUGAUACAUAAAUAUCAGAAUUACCAUUAAGUUGUCUCUGAGUGGGGUGUUUGGGGCAAGGUUGAGUGUGUUACGCAGUGUCCAGUAGCAUUAAGCCAUAAGUCAUUACAUCCAUCCUGUCUUCCUCCUUACAAAACCAAAAUGAUAGUCACUCCCUCCUUCACUCCUGUCCUUGGACUCAAUCUUUCCCCUGAAGAUUCAUGGGAAGUAAUAAUAACUUCGAGUUUUAUUUGAGGAAAUAUUCAGAAUAUAUCUAGAUAGACUUUACAGGGCAUGAUCUUCAGUGGCAAUGACAGCUCUUCUAUUCAAAGGGUUUUGGUCAAUACAAAUGUUCUUGUUUUUUCCUGCAACAACUGACAGCUAAAUGUAUUUAGAAUAUAUACACUGAGUUUACAAAAUGUUAAGG